AUGGUAGAACAAGAUUAUAGACAAGUCAUGGCUCUUCCACCUUCAUCCCCCAAUGCAAUAUUCCCAGCAGAGCUAUUGCAAACGAUAACAAUUAUAGAUAGCGAUCCCUCAAAGAGUACUAAAUCUACAAAUUUCCAAGGUUGCCAGCCGAAUCCACAGGAAGAUUGGCUCCCCAUCACUGAGUCCAGGAAUGGCAGCACCUUUUCUGCAACGUUUCAUUUACUCUGCUCAGGAAUUGGAUUGCAAGCUCUUUUGCUUCCUAUUGCAUUUGCCUCACUUGGAUGGGCAUGGGCUAUUAUAUGUUUGUCACUAGCAUUUGUGUGGCAGCUCUAUACCAUAAUUAUUCUCGUUGGAUUACAUGAAUCAGUUUCUGGAAUUCGCUACAGCAGAUAUUUACAACUUGCAAAAGUUUCUUUUGGUUCAAAACUAGGGAAGUUUCUUGCCAAAUUCCCAUUGAUGUACACAUCAGGAGGUACGUGUAUCCUUCUGAUUAUCAAUGGCGGUGGGAUCUUGGACCUCUUAUUUAAAACCAUAUGUGAAAAUGAGGCCACAUGUCAUGUCAAGCCAUUAUCAAGUACAGAGCGGUUCUUGGUAUUCACUUGCAUGGCAAUACUUAUAGCCCAACUACCCAACCUAAACUCUAUGGUUAAGGUGUCUCUAAUUGGGGCCACUACAGCUGUUGGAUAUUGUACUUUGAUUUUGGUUCUCUCAAUCACUAAGGGUAGGCCUACAAGCAUAUCUUAUGAUCAAUCUGAUGCGGUGAAAUCAAACAUGAAAAAAUUCAGUGAUAUGUUGAAUGCACUUGCGAUUAUUGCCCUCGCAUUCAGAGGACAUAAUGUUAUCCUUGAGAUACAGGGAACAUUGCCUUCAGAUCAAAACCAAACAUCCUAUAAGCCAAUGUGCAAAGCAGUGACAAUAUCAUAUAUAGUGAUCGCCAUGAGCCAAUUUCCCCUCGCAAUAGUUGGAUUUUGGGCCUACGGAAACAAGGUACCUUUUAAUGGAGGAUUGUUGAGUGCAUAUUCACAAAUCCAUGGAGCCAACACCUCAAAGUUAAUGAUGGGCUUAAUUUAUCUACUAGUAUUGGUGAACCGUUUAUGUACAUUCCAAGUUUAUGCCAUGCCAGUUUUUGACAACAUGGAAAUGAGAUACAUAACCAAGAAGAAGAAGCCAUGCUCAAAGUGGGUUCGUACUUGCCUUCGCAUUUUAUUUGGAGGGCUGACUUUCCUUGCUGCUGUGGCUUUGCCAUUUUUUGGAAGCCUAACACUUCUAUUGGGAGGUAUAGCAUUACCUUUGACUUUUGCUUAUCCAUGUUUCAUGUGGAUUACAAUGAAGAAACCUCAACCAAAUCGUGUGGUUUGGUCUAUAAACUUGGUGCUUGGUUGCCUUGGCAUUGUCUUCAGUGUUCUAAUAGUUAUUGCAGCGGCUUGGACUUUAUCUGACAAAGGCUUAAAAGCCGACUUCUUCAAGCCUUAAUGAUAGAUACAUUUGUAAGAAAUUAAUUAAACCAUUUAAACUUUUGAAAGUAUAUAUAUAGAGUAUACAUUAAGGAUUAAUUAUCAGAAUAGUCGCUUGCAUUAACUCCAAUAAAGGUUGAGGAGAAAAUUUUGUAUUUAGGAAUUUCAUAAAUCAAGUGUCUUGUA